GCUGAGCCCGUCGCGCCGAGGGAGUCAGUGAGACCCGGCUCGGCGCGCACGGCCAAGGCCCGCGCGCGGGCACACGCGGGCGCGGACACGCGCGGACACACACGUGCGGGACACGCCCUCCCCCGACGGCGGAGCUAACCUCACGGUUGUUCCAGGACCUUCGGAGACCCGAGGAAAGCCGUGCUGACCGAAAGCAAGACAAAUGACUCGCAGAGAAAAACGAUGGUGGAACCAAGGGCAAUUAGAGCUGUCUCUGGUUCUGCACGGCUGGUGAAUGAGCUGGCUUACUGAAGGACAUGAUUCAGACUGUCCCGGACCCAGCAGCUCAUAUCAAGGAAGCAUUAUCAGUUGUGAGCGAGGACCAGUCGUUGUUUGAGUGUGCCUACGGGACGCCACACCUGGCUAAGACGGAGAUGACCGCGUCCUCCUCCGGCGACUAUGGACAGACUUCCAAGAUGAGCCCACGUGUCCCUCAGCAGGACUGGCUGUCUCAACCCCCAGCCAGGGUCACCAUCAAAAUGGAAUGUAACCCUAGCCAGGUGAACGGCUCAAGGAGCUCCCCCGAUGAGUGCGGCGUGGCCAAAGGCGGGAAGAUGGUGGGCAGCCCGGACACCGUGGGGAUGAACUACGGCAGCUACAUGGAGGAGAAGCACAUGCCACCCCCAAACAUGACCACGAACGAGCGCAGAGUCAUCGUUCCAGCAGAUCCCACGCUAUGGAGUACAGACCACGUCCGGCAGUGGCUGGAGUGGGCGGUGAAAGAAUACGGCCUCCCAGACGUCGACAUCUUAUUAUUCCAGAAUAUCGACGGGAAGGAGCUGUGCAAGAUGACCAAGGACGACUUCCAGAGGCUCACCCCGAGCUACAACGCCGAGAUCCUGCUCUCGCACCUCCACUACCUCAGAGAGACUCCUCUUCCACAUUUGACUUCAGAUGAUGUUGAUAAAGCCUUACAAAACUCUCCACGGUUAAUGCAUGCUCGAAACACAGGGGGUGCAGCUUUUAUUUUUCCAAAUACUUCAGUAUAUCCUGAAGCUACGCAAAGAAUUACAACUAGGCCAGAUUUACCCUAUGAGCCUCCCAGGAGAUCAGCCUGGACCGGUCACGGCCACCCCACCCCCCAGUCGAAAGCUGCUCAACCGUCUCCUUCCACAGUGCCCAAAACUGAAGACCAGCGUCCUCAGUUAGACCCUUACCAGAUUCUUGGACCGACGAGUAGCCGCCUCGCAAAUCCAGGGAGUGGCCAGAUCCAGCUCUGGCAGUUCCUCCUGGAGCUCCUGUCCGACAGCUCCAACUCCAACUGCAUCACCUGGGAAGGCACCAAUGGGGAAUUCAAGAUGACAGACCCCGACGAGGUUGCCCGGCGCUGGGGAGAGCGGAAAAGCAAACCCAACAUGAACUACGAUAAACUCAGCCGUGCCCUCCGUUAUUACUAUGACAAAAAUAUCAUGACCAAAGUCCACGGCAAGCGCUACGCCUACAAGUUCGACUUCCACGGGAUCACCCAGGCCCUGCAGCCCCAUCCACCGGAGUCGUCUCUGUACAAGUACCCCUCAGACCUCCCGUACAUGGGCUCCUACCACGCCCACCCGCAGAAGAUGAACUUUGUGGCUCCCCACCCUCCAGCCCUCCCCGUGACAUCUUCCAGUUUCUUUGCUGCCGCAAACCCAUACUGGAAUUCGCCAACUGGGGGUAUCUACCCUAACACUAGGCUUCCCGCCGGCCAUAUGCCUUCUCAUCUGGGCAGUUACUACUAAAGACCCGACAGAGGCCUUUCCCAACAACGUACAAUCACCAAUAAAUCGCCACAAACUCUAUUGGAGAACAUGAAUCAAAAGUGCCUCAAGAGGAAUGAGAAAGCUUUACUGGGGCUAGGGAAGGAAGCCAGGGAAGAGGUCCAAAGACUCUUAGCAGGAGGGAGUUACUCAAAUAUUACUACGGAAAUAAGGAGGAUGCUAAAAUUGUAAUGUAUAUGGACAUGUAAACUGAGGACCGGCCUUGUAAAAGACAUUGUAUGUAGAAACAUGAAGUCACAAGGACAGAGUGCCAAAGAAAGUGGUCUUAAGACGUGUAUAAACUUUAGAGUGUGGGAUUCUGCUAAUGCAAACUGGGAUUAAACUAAAGCAAUAGAAAUAACACAGUUGUGACCUAACAUACCGUUUAUAAUGUCAUUUUAAGGAAAACUACCUGUAUUUAAAGAUAGAAACAUAUCAAAAACAAACAAACAAAAAGACAUGAGAGAGACCGCAGCCCAUCAGCAGACGUCGGUAUGGAACUCAGCGGCGUUUGCUGUUUUGGUUGAAAUCAGAUACAUUCCAUUUGAUGGGAGCUGUCAGCUCUCUCCAACUGUGAAGAUGACCCAGAGUUUCCAACUCCUUUACAGUAUUACCAGACUAUGAGCCAAAUGGUGGGACCGAGAAUGUGUGCAGAGUGAGUGUGUGAUUGUAGGCAGAGGGCUGGAAGAGGAGGAAGAGGAGGGAACAGAGGAGGAGGUGGCACGGGCUGGGAGAGAAACUUCUCAAGCAGUAAAGAUUGGACUUGAGGACAUUUGGGGAGUGUGGAGAAUGAGUUAUGGAGACUUGCGGGUUUGCGCGGUCAGUGUUAUGCCCCAGUGUUAGGAGAAAGGACACAGCGUAACGGAGAAAGGGGAAGUAGUAGAAGUCAGCAGCAAAAAUGAGCAUCUCUUUUUUUGUUUGUCAAAAGAAAAUUUUAACUGGAAUUGUCUGAUAUUUAAAAGAAACAUUCAGGACCUCAUCAUUCCGUGGGGGCUUUGUCCUCCACAGGGUCAGGUAAGAGUCGGCCUUCUUGGCGACCACAGUGAGAAAUCACGUAGGCAUUUUGGGUAGGUGGCUCCAGUUUUCCUUUUCGAGUCGCGAACGCUGUGCGUUUGUCAGAAUGAAGUAUACAAGUCAAUGUUUUUUUUUUUCUUUUUAUAUAAUAAUUAUAUAACUUAUGCAUUUAUACACUACGAGUUGAUCUCGGCCAGCCAAAGACACAAGAUAAAAGAGACAAUCAAUGAUACAAUGUGGCCUUGAAUUUUAACUCUGUAUGCUUAAUGUUUACAUAUGAAGUUACUAGUUCUUAGAAUGCAGAAUGUAUGUAAUAAAAUAAGCUUGGCCUAGCAUGGCAAAUCAGAUUUACACAGGAGUCUGCAUUUGCACUUUUUUUAGUGACUAGAGUUGCCUAAUGGAAAC